AUGGCACUGUCUCACGCCCGGGCAUUUUCUCUUCGACUUUGUAUUGCUCGUGAUAACGAGGCAAGACUUUAUCAAGUCCGUCAACGUGUAGGAGGCGAUUUGCUUUUUCCAAUUUUGCAAAUUUUAAAGUUUUCUACUCCUUUGAUUAAUUUAAAAUGGAUUGAUGAUUGGUCUUUACUUGCAUUAUGUACUACAGAAAAUAAUAUUGAACAACUUCAACUUGUAGAAAUACCUCAAUUUUCUGCUGGUGAAAGGAAAAACUUGCAAAAUCAAAAAUCAACUAUCCCAACCUUCUCUGUCAACCCGUUUGUUACUUUGGACAUAUCAGAAAGUGUCAAAUUAGUCUACAAUAGUGUUGACUUCAAAGGACUAGCAACUGGGUGUAAUGUUAGCAAAGCAAUGUUAGCUGUAGCUGAUUCUAUUUGUUAUCACACUUUCAUUAGACAUCCUGAGGAUAAUCAUCUUUACCUUUUGGGUGCUGAUGCCCUUUUUCGUGUACAAUUAAUUGAACUGAAUGAACAGCUUGAUUCUUUAAUUGAACGGUUGGUUAAUUUGCUUCGAAUAAGAUUGGGUGACCUUUUCCAAAACACUAAAAUAGACUCAAAAAUAGGUCAAAAAAUAGUGGGAUUUUUAUUUAUUAUCAAAAAUAUGGAGAUUAUUAUUUCUUCCCUAAUUAUUUCCAGCUCUGAUUUUUGUUCUGCUCUAAUGUUUGUUGUUGAUAUUUGUUGUGGCAAAUUGGCUGAUCGAAAUACUACAACAAUUAAGACAGCUAAUUUUCGUGCAAAUGCAUUUCGUAGAAUUCCAGAAUUGGUUUCUCAAUUACUUGAACAGACAAUGGAUGGAAUUGAUUCUGGACAUAUCGAUGAAUUAAUUGUUUAUUAUAAGGUAUUUGAUUAUUUGAACUAG